GCGUCUGCUAGGGUUAACGCAUCAUUUACCGUCCCUACAUUUUAUGUUAUGUGCAUGCUGUGGUCCAGACGGACAAGGAUAAUUGUUGUCUUGUUAUUUGUUUCUUAUCUAUCACAUAUUAUCUUGCAAAAUCAGGAUACCUAUCAAUCAAAUUAUGAAAUAUUAAAUAUGUGACAGAUUUCAAGGUCAAGGCCAUAUUUCCCGGAAGUGCAUGUGCUCCUACCAAAACAAGACCGCAACAGAAACUAGGUACCAUUUGUCACUGCCACGAGCUACAGUGAUGAUCUAAGCGUCCAAGUUAUAAUGUUUUUGAAAGAUUAGAAGCAAUGGCGUCUGGACAAUGCUAUGGGUGUGGCACAACCUUUGGAAUUUUCAGAAAAGAGCAUGGCUGUAAAAACUGUGGAUUUGCCUUCUGUAGCAGAUGUUUACCGAAAUCGAUCGAGGUACCAAAGCUGAACAAUGUCAAGCAUCAUGUCUGUAACAGAUGUCAUGAAAUUCUCACAGGGAAAGCUGACCGUGAAAAGGAGAAAGAAAGAGAAAAACAGCUGGCUGCUCCAGAUGCUUAUUACAAGCGACUUGCUGCUUUGCAUGAAGGGCCAUCAGGGGGCGCCAACUAUAACUAUGGAAUGUCCUACUCGUACACACCAACAGCAAUUAAGGCUAUCCCACCACAGUACCGUGGACUGUCUCGUGUAGACUGUGACAUUGCCAUGAGGCUCGAGAAGCUAAAAGAAAAGCCACUGAAUCAGCCAGUCUAUAGUGACCGAGACAUUACUGACAGACUCUCGAAGCUUAAGGGAGCUCGCAUGAACCCUAGUGCUGCUGCUGUUGCCAAGAAACCAUACUACCACCCCCCCGACAGGAGACCCCAGCAACAACAGGUAGAUGAACUACUGAAUGAGAUUGCGGAUGAGGUGGAGAUUGAUGCUAAGUGUGACCCUGCAAAGGACGUGGAAGACAGGCUUGUGAGGUUCAAGGAUGAGCCACCAAGGAAAGGAGCAGGAGACCGGAAGUCGUCUGCCUGCAACAACCUGAAUUCAGAGACCUCUGGCCCCCACAAGCCGUACACAAAGAACAUCCGCACUGCCACUGGUGGUCGAUCUAGUCGGGAGCUGAGUCUGGAUGAUGUCAACAAUCUGAUCUCUGCAAUGGCAACGGAGAUGGAGCUAGAUGCCCAGAAAGCUGUGGACGGUCUGCAGAAAGACAAAGAGAUCAUGGAAAGACUGAACGAACUGAAGAAAAAGAGGAAUGCAAAAGGUGAGACAUCGGAGGAAGACAAUGAGCAUUAUGAGGACAGUGAUGAUGAGGAGUUCGCAGCCAAGAAGAUCAUUAAACAGUAUCUGGAAGAGGUGAGGCUGGAGGAAAGACUGGGAGACAUUCCUUCUAUUGACGGACAGCCCACUGAUGAGCAACUAAAGAAAAUGAACACUGCCAAACCAAAGAAAGCCUCAAACAUGAAUAAGGAAAUGAAGACUGGUGAUGAAGAAGGGUUUGACCCUGAUGAGUUGCCAUAUUGCUGUAUCUGUACCAACAACGCCACCAUUAGAUGCCUCGGAUGUGACUUUGACCUCUACUGUGCUGGAUGUUUCAAAGAAGGCCAUGACAAGUUUGACCUGGUACAUCAUGUGACAGUGAAAUACAUGCCACCAAAAGGAAGUUGAGCGAUCAGGAUCUGGCCUUGGAUCAAAGUAUAUGACCAUAUCAUUGUGAAUGUUCUUUAAUGAAAUAAGAAUAAGGGUGAAUUGUCUUGAGACAAACAGUUACUAGGAUACAUAUAUUGUUUUAGGAACAUAUGUUAAAAAAUAUAUCAAUAGCCUGUGAAAAAAUAUAUAAAUAGCCUAUUAAAAACCUAUGAUUUGUGAUGUGUUGUUACUCCAGUUGGAAUCGG